AUGUCCCCUCCACGGUCCACCCUUCACCCGGUCCCUGGAGGACCCAGCAACGGGAGGAAUCUCAGCCGACCUCGAGGGGGACCCCCAGGGCUCGCACAGCCUGGCCAGGCAGGCUUCGGUCCACCUCCAAAGAGCCCAGCCUCCUCCUCCCGUCCCAGCCUCCCCCAGUGGGGUCCUCGGCUUGAGCAGCAGCCCCGGGCGCCACGACCCUGCAGCAACCAGCGUCUAACCAAGGGCGAUAACGAGGCUCACCCCGGAGGCCACCUGUGGAGGCCAACGGUGGAGGCCAACGGCGGAGGCCCACCUGGAGGCCCGGAGCUGGCGCGCCCAGGGGUCCCAGAGGCCGGCCAACAGGAGAGGCCGGGGGAGCGCGUCUGCAGGGGAGGCCUCCGGGGGWCCCCGUUGGGGGGACACUCCUGGCUCCGAGCGAGAUCCCUCCGCGCUCGGUUACGGUCACUGUGCRGCCGGGAAUCCCCGUCCAUCGGCGCUGCCCGGCCUCCAAGUCCACUUCCUUCCUCGGCUUUGUCCUCCCUCCGCGUUUCCGGGUGGGUGCCCCCGAGGGAGGCUGCCCCCUUCCCGGCCUCGGCAGGGAGCCCGAGCCAAGAGCGAGCUCCUUCCAGACGGGCGACGCCCGCGUGGGGCCGUGCGCACCGACUGGCCUCCGCGCAGGUGCCCAAGGAGCCAGCCUCCUCCCGGCCUCCCCAUCCAGGGUCCUGA